AUGUGCUGCUCCCCUUGCUGCCAGCCUUGCUGCCGCCCUUGCUGCGUGUCCAGCUGCUGCCAGCCUUGCUGCCGCCCUUGCUGUGUGUCCAGCUGCUGCCAGCCCUGCUGCUGUGGGUCCAGCUGUGGCGGGUCCUGCUGCUGUUCUCCCUGCUGCCAGCAGGUUUGCUGCUGCCCUGUGCAUGUCUGUAGAACCUGCUACCACCCCACCUGCUGCUGUGUGCCCGGCUGCAUAAGGUAUGGCUGUGGAUCCAGCUGCUGCCAACCUUGCUGCUGCUGA